AUGAUUGAUGGUUUCUGUGAUCCUUUUGUUUUCCACCUGAAGAAAAACAUUUCCUUCUUGAACAUGGCGAUUCUUCUUUCAUUCCGCUUCCUCCUAGUUCUGGCUGUCUUAAUGGUUUUGCUGAUUUCUGCUCAAUCAUUUUCAGAUUUUGAACCUUCAGAGGUCAAAAACAUUUGCAAAUUUAAACGCCUCGCAGAAGUUGAAAGAGAGUGCAAACCUGUUUUAUCAGUGUCAUCUAAGAUGAAGCUUAGAAAUGAUAAAAUAUAUGGUAUUGCUAAAGAUCUCUCUUUUCAGAAUGGAGACUGGGUACAAGAGGCUGGCAGUGCACCGUUGAUGCCAUUUGAUGAGAGUGAUAUGCCAAAGAACUUUUCUGACAUUGGUUCCACUCUGAAACUAGCUUCUUUCUGGUUAAUGGGCAUGAAUUUUGACCGGCAAGCAGAUGAUGUAUUGGGUAUCUGUGGCAUCUUAUCCAUCGCAAUUACGCGGAACAGGACUCUUUCAGACAUGCCACAAAGAUGGUCUCCUUGGUUCCAUACAAGCCCUGGCUACUCUGAUUUGACAAUCAUCUUUGAAGGACUCUAUGUUGAGGAAGCCAAUGGAGGAGACCGCCUGAUGUGUUUAUUAGGGACUUCAGUGUCCCCUUUUUCCAAAAGUUCUGUAGACCCUUAUGAAUGGUCCUCAAAAUACAAUUGCAAGAAAAAUUUUCAGUAUUCAUUCGUGAAGGAUGAUAGGAUAAUGCUUAUUCUUCGAUACCCUCAGAUCUUCACUUUGACUAGUAGAGCAAUUCUUGGUGAGUUGAGAAGUCUAAAUAAGAAGUCAGAUCCUAAAUAUUUCGACAAGGUCCAAAUUUCAUCACAGCUGAGCUAUGACUCGAAAUAUCAUUUUGUAUCUGAGCAACUUGUAUCUAGAGCUUGCAAUCCAUAUUCAUGUCAUGAACUUCCUGAUAACAGAAUUCGAGUCCACAAAGCGUCACAGUUUUGCAAAGUUCUUCAAAAAUUUGGUUAUGAAACAUUUGACACUGAUGUGGCUUCAGAGUGCCAUGACAUGAAGCAUUGCAAGAAUCUAGGACCAUUUGUGCAUGACUGGGAGAUCACUGAAGGCAAGAAUGCUAUGUCCAACAAGUUUCAGCUCUUAAUUACAAAUUUGCAUUGCUUACCAGAAACCAAUUCCCCUAAGACUGCAAAAGUUUCUGCUGUCUUCAGAGCGCUCUCUCCUUCAGAAGAUCGCUUCUAUUCAGGAUCAAGAACCAGUCUUUCUGGAAUGACAAUAUCUGCGGAAGGAACAUGGAAUUCUUCCACUGGUAACCUCUGCAUGGUUGGUUGCAUUGGCCUAGAGAAUGAUGCUGAUGGAUGUGAUUCACGAAUAUGCUUGUACUUACCAGGCACAUUUUCUAUCACUCAGCGAAAUGUUCUUUCUGGAACCAUCUCUAGCAUAAAAGAGACUUACGUUCCUUUACGGUUUAAAAAGGAACUCCGUCCUCUCGACAUCUGGAACACGUAUCAUGAUUACAGUAAAUCCUACUUAUCCUACAGGUUUACAAGAAUUGAGAUGUUAAGGGCCUUUAUGCAGAAAGACAACAGUUACAAUUUGGGGAUGCUGAUUACGAAAAUAAUCCACAGAUUUCCAGGCAUUGAAGACGAUAGAAACUUAACACUCCUUUCUUCUUUAUCCGAUGAGCUUUCUUUCCAGGUUAAAGCUCUUCCACAUGCCAUACGGAACAAGACUUAUCUCCAAAACAUUUCUUUCACUCGAGGUCCUCUCAUUAGGUCAUUUGUUCGGACGUCAUUGGCCAUUUCUAAGGGAGCAUACUUACCAAGAAGAGGUCUUCCUCGAGGGACUUUACGAUGCAUCCAGGGGGGUGAUGCAUCAGUAGGCUGCAGGGAAAUUCAUAGCCAAAAGUUUAUGGAUUGCUUGAUCGAAGUUAAGGUGCAGUAUUCCUCCAAGACUACUAGGUGGUUGAUAAAUCCUACUGCCAGUGUAUCCAUUACUAGUCUGCGGAAUCCAGAAGAUCAGUUUUAUUUCAGUCCAAUCAACUUAAAAACAGUACUGAUUCCAUAUAGAGACAACUCCAAGGAGGUCAAGUUUCGCCCGAACUUCGAGGCUUGUUUCCGUAUAUUUGUUCUUUUAACUUCUGCAGCUUGUUUGUUGAGUCAACUCUAUUACGUUGAGCGAAACAUAGAUGCCACUCCUCUCAUUUCUGCUGUUAUGUUAGGUAUUCAACUUCUUGGUUAUGGUGUCCCUUUGGUCAUGGAUACCCCCAUUCUUUUUGCAUGGAAGGAAUAUCUUUAUCCACAGAGUCGAUUAUUGCAUACUGGAUCGACUAAUAAACAGUUCCAAUUCAUGAUGAAACUUCUGCUCUUGAUCAUUUUUGUGCUUACUCUAAAACUCUUUCAGAAGGUAUGGGAUUCACGAAAGAUCACUCCAAAGUCCUUAUCUUUGAAUCAUAGGCCAAAUGAUAAAAAGGUUCUCCUGUUUGCCUCGAUGAUCCAUGUGACCGGUUUUGCACUGUUUAAUGUGUGUCAUAGUAUGUUGGCAGGGGAAACAGAGUUACUUACUCAACUAAACAAGUAUUGGGGUAUGAUUCAAGAUUGCUUUUUGCUUCCUCAAAUAAUUGGUCUCAUGGAAUGUAAGUUCAAAACUAAGCCUCUGAGUAAAGUUUACUACAUUGGGUUCACAGUUGUUAGGUUUGUUCUUCGUGGCUACGACUACUUUAGAGAUCCGGUUUUCAGUGUCUACUUUCACACUGAAGACAGAGCUGUAAGUUCCCAGUUUUUGUCAAAAUUUGAGAAUGUGGGGAUGAUGAUGAUCUUGUCAUUUCUUGCAAUAAUAUAUCACAUCCAACAGCAGAACUUCAAGACUAGCAGUUAA